AUGGACUUAGUUCAUUGCUCUGAAAACAUGAGCUAUGGCUGUGGCUCGCAGGGACCAAGUGCUGAUUAUUGCCAUCUUAUGGCAGAGCUCAAAACGCAGAAUUUCGAUGUUAUGAAAUUUUCUUCAUAUCGUACUGCUUGCAAACUCAGGUUUAUUCAGAAAAGGAUAAGUUUACAUUUGGUCGACAUAUGGAAUGUGAUAGAAGCCUUUCGAGAAAAUGGGUUAAACUCCUUGGAACCUCGGAUGGAGAUAAGCAUUCCUCGUUUGGAGACUCUUGUCACCUCCAUUUACUUUCAACUGAAUAAGCGCCUUCCUUCAUCACAACACAUAGAUCUAGAUCAGUGUACGUCUUUACUGCUCAAUUGGCUCAUGUCUACCUAUGACCCGGAAGAAACUGGUAAAGUUAGAGUGUUUUCUAUUAAAAUUGCUUUAGCAACUAUGUGCUCUGGGAAGUUAAUGGAUAAAUUAAGGUAUAUUUUUUCUCUUAUUUGUGAUAAUAAUGGGCUUCUGGUGCAGAGUAAAUUUGCAGACUUUUUGAGAGAAAUAUUGCAAGUUCCCUGCUCAGUGCAUGAAUCUCCUACGUUUGGCUACCGUGAUAACCUCCCAUCAACUAUUAUUGAUGGUCAAAGUAAAGUUACUGUCAAUGAUUUCUUGGACAUUAUCAUGUCUGAUCCUGCUCCUCCUUGCAUUGUAUGGUUACCUCUUCUACAUAGAUUGGCCAGUGUGGAAAAUGUUUUGCAUCCUGUGCAAUGUGAUGGCUGCAAUAGGGAAGCAUUUUUAGGCUUUCGCUAUCGAUGUCAAAAAUGUUACAAUUAUCAACUAUGCCAAGACUGCUUUUGGCGUGGUCGAGUGUCAGGGAGCCAUACUAGCCAGCAUGAAAUGAAAGAAUACACCUAUUAUAAAUCUCCUAGCAAACAAUUAGGCCAUUCUUUAAAGAAAUCCUUCCGCUGUGUUCCAGAAAAACAAUCAAGUGCUAUCCCCAGAUUUCCAGAAGAGCCCGAGAAAACUCUUAAUUUACAGCAUAUUGUUCCACCCUCUCCUAUCCCCAGCCAUAAUGGAUUUCAUGACCUUACAAACAAUUCAUUUGACAUGUCUUCAUUGGAUGGAAGAUCCACAACAAGAAGCUUAGAAUCUUCAAGUAGAGGAGAUGAUGAGCAUCGGUUGAUUGCUAGGUACGCUGCUCGUUUGGCAGAUACUAGAAGCACUAUGAGGAGUCCAUCAGAUCUUAGUUUAAACAUGGAUACAUCUAGACAGAGAGAUUUAAUUGCUCAAUUAGAAUUAAAAAACAGAGAAAUUAUGCGUGAAAUAGUGAGGUUGCGUAAGCAGCAAGAACAAGAAGAUGCUGCAUUACAAAACGAGCAAAAUCCUACACUUUUAGCAGAGUUAAGAGCCUUAAGACAGAGGAAGGAAGAACUGGAAAGCCAUUUGUCUACCCUCCAAGAAAGCAGGCGAGAGCUCAUGGUUCAGUUGGAAGCUUUGAUGAAAAUGCUCAAAAAUCACCAAACGUCUCCACGAUCCACACCGAAUAGUUCCCCCAGGUCGGCCACUUCCAAGUCUCCGCCGUUAUCCACUCCGUACCCACUCUCCUCCUCCCGCAGCGCUCCCACCACUCCUGGCAGCAAUCCGCUCACUUCGGAGAGUGGUCCCAACGUUCCAAACAACGUGAUGAUGGUCUACGAACAAUCGGGCAGCACGAGGAGCUUAAGAAACGAUCUCCUGGUCGCUGCCGACUCGGUCACCAAUGCCAUGUCUUCGCUCGUAAGGGAGUUGAACUCAGGGUCUGAAGAUGAAGAUAAUGGGGGAGACAGUAAAGUUUUAAGUAGUAGUCGUGACUUUGAAACUGAAGACACUGAAAGUGCUAUUGAAAGUCUGGAAGGCGGGGGAACCAAUUGGUGUGAGGAAAGGCAAAGAGCUCAAGAGAACCAUUUCCUGCAGGAAAUUCAGGCUCGCAACAAUUCUUCCAACUCGAGUCACCACGAAGCCAGCACUAUCGAGGAGGAAGACGACCAAGAGCUCUAUGAUAAUGAUCCUAGGGACCUGGACCUCUUCCAGCACCACGCAUCCCUGACGACGGACGACGAAAGUUAUGUCCGGACUGACGACGACGACGACGGCAACAACACGGACUGGGAAGAGACGAUGAGGCGAUGGGUCAAUCGCUAG